AAUGAUGUCGAAUCGGUGUUAUCAGAGGAAUUAUGAGAAAGAGUAGAUGAUGAACUGUCUGACAUCUUGUUGAAUGUCAAAAUUCUACGGUUUAUGGUUAUUUUAUGAUCACUUGUGACUUCUGUUAGUUAUCAAAAUUAGUUUGUCGAGUCUCUGUUGUUUAGAGAAGAUUGAUUAACUUCUCAGAUUGACUGACACUGAUGUAACACUUAAAAAUUUCCUGAUGUACUUUUUUUUGCAACACCAAACUUGAUUCACUUUAUUGAACUCCAAUGAAUAUUGCUAUGAUUUUUGUAAUUAUUUAACUUAAUGAUGUCUUAGAAGGUAUCGCCACUUCGAAUUUAGAGGGAAAAAAAAUGCAGAGAGAGGGGUGAAUUUCCUCUCUGCGCAUGUGUCAAUCACAAUUGCGCGGGAAACAGUUUACCCAUUUUUUCACUCAUUCCGUGGGAAUAGAUGAUGACGGGACUAUAGUACACAAAAAAAACAUUUGCAUUUUUGCACGCGACGUAUAACCGUUAUAAAUCCGGCAAAAGCUUGAAUAAAAAACCUACAUCCCCUGCUGUUCACGCUCUUAUCUCUUCAAAAUUGUGAACAUCAACAGCUUGAAUCAUGCAUCAGCAGAAUGAAAAAACCCUUGAUUUGACUCUCGACGCCUCUUUCGCAGAGCAGCAAUUGACUCCUCAGGUCGACAAAGCAGUCGCGGUAAUCGGACUAGUGGAAAAAGAGCGAAAGCUAUUCAAAAAUCAAGCCAAAGACUACAGACGACGGAUUCAGGAGCUAGAGUCGCAGCUGAGUGAGGCUGAAAGAGAUGCACGAGAUACCCAGAUGAAACUGAAAAAGAAAAUCUCAGAUAUCACUGAAAGUCGUGAUGCUAUAAGAGAACAAUUGGCCUCAACUUUGCUAAUUCAGGAAUCAUUGGAACGGGACAAAGGUGAACUGAGAACGGCACUCAUGAAGCUACAGUCCACGACAACAUCAUUGUGGAGAAAUAUUCCUGAUCUACUAAUCAGAACGGCUAAGAGAGCUGACGAGGAGAAUGAGGAGGACUGUGAGAUGGAAUCGAGCAUUAAAGAGGCUGAUGUAUCCAUGGAUGUCCCGACUCCGGAAAAAAAAGCUUCAUUGAACGAAUCGCUGGCUUACUUCAGUCCAGAAGGCAGAUAAAGGAUUAUGUUUUUUAUGUUCGUCAUACCUUGUCAAGAUAGUUUGUCAUCUAUCAAUGCUUUUCAUUAAAUACAUGUCUUCAUUGUAGGAAUUAAUAAACAGUUAAUAAAUAAUCAA